AUGUCCAAGGAGACGUCAUCAAAACCUAAUAAAAGAGGUUUUAGACAAAGAAGACGUGGUAAAUCUCAACAACAACCACAUCAACCAAGAACUUUCAAUAAAAUUAAUCAACAAAAUUCAUCAUCAAUUGAAGUCACGAGUCCAUCGACAGGUGAAUCAACUCCUGAUAUAAUUGAACAAGAAUUUCAAAAUGAUUUAGAUUAUUUAUUAACAAAUGAAGAAAAAGAUUCACAACAUUCACAUUUUGAAAAUGAAACUGUUUUUAUACCUACAGGGAAGUUUUCAGAAAUUCAGAUUGGUGUAAAAGAAGAUGAUAACACAGAACCUAAGAAUAUAAGUCGUAGAACUAGAGGCAAAAGAGAUAAAAAUUUCACAGUGGCCGAUAUUGUUGAGGAUUUAGGUGAUCUUGAUUUUUCAUCGGAUGGAGAAGAAUUUGUUGAGAUUGACACUGUUAUUGUAGAAGGAGAAAUUGUCGUGGAAGCAAAAGAUCACGAGAGUAAGAAAAAAAGAAGCCGUAACAGAAACAGGAAUAGAAAUAGAACAGAUCUUGAUGAAUUUCUAGGAAGACCAAGACCAGAAAAGGAAACCAUUUCUAAAGGCGUUUCAUCUAAUGAAGCCAAAUCAGAUGCAAUACCAUCACAAAAUUCAGCAAGUGAAGAAUCAACUAAACCAAGAAGAUCAAGAAAUAAAAAUAGAAACAGAAGUACUCGAUCUAGGAAUAGAGAAUUAGACUCAACUACAGCAGGUCCAAACCAUAGAACAGAAGAGAAACCAGAAACUGAAAUACCACAAGAAAAUGAAAAAUCACAAGAAACUGAAGCUGAACAAAUUGCUAGAGCUGAAAGAGCAAAACUUAUCAAAAAACUAGGAAAGCAAGAAUGGUCUAAAGCAAGAAUUUCUAAGGCUAAAGAAGUUGCUAAUUUAGAAACCAAUCAAGCAGAAUUACUAGGAGAAAAUAAACCUAGAGAACAUGAAUCGAAUGAUCAGUCAACAAAGAAAACGAGAAGAUCACGUCAAAGAUUACCAAAAUCAGAUGAUGCUGCAAAUACACCCCGUCAAGGACUUCCGAAAGAGGCCAACGAAUUUUUCAAUAGUGAUGGUAAAAAUAGCGAAAAACCAAAUUCAAACGUGUCAUCUACUACAACUCCUUCACCGAUAGCUGAAAAAAAUAGUAAGUAUAAACCUCAUCAAACAUCUGAAAAUCAAAAUACUAACUUUGUUAUGGAGAAGAUAGGCCAAAAAGACCAAGAAGAAGAAGAUCUUCAAAAGCAGAAGAAGAAACAAGCCAACCUGGAUCAUCAUCAGGUAAAACUGGAAGACCAAGAAGACCAAGAAGACCAAGACCAAAUUCAGAAAAACCAACGACUACCAACCCCACCACAAACAUCUCAUAAAUCCCCUACUGAUUCAUCAACCACUCAACGAUUCGGAAUAACUUUAAAAUCAACAUCAAAUUCAAAUAAAUUAGAUCAUUUACCCAAAAUUCAACCUAUAAAAACAAUAAUUGGAGUAUCUCAUUCACAAAUUUUGAAAUCUGAUUUAAAUGAUGUUAAAAUUAAAACUAUAAUGAAUUCAUUAUCUACUUCGAAAUAUAUAAAUAAUGUUAAAAAUUUUGUUAUAAAAUAUCAAAACGAUCCAAUAUUCACUACGUAUAACAAUCAAUUUAUCUUGUUAUGUAUCAAUAUAUCACUUUAUGAAUCUAAUGGAAUUAACAAAACUAUGGAAGUUUUUCCAUCAAUUGUUGACCUUUUGAGUAAUUAUCAAGAAUUGAAUUUAGAAACUACAAAAACAACCAUUACAAAAUCAGAAAGAUUACUACAUCAAAAUAAUUUAGAUUAUUUAGUAUUGGGAUUUUUUGGACAUAUUUUGAUUUGGGCUUAUGUUUUGCAAAUAAAUAAUGGUCAAAAUGAAACGUUUAUAAAUCAGCUAGACUUGCAAGAUUAUAUAAACUUAUCAACUAUCAAACUAAAAAUUGGUGGAAAUCAUUUAUGGGAUAAAUUAAAUAAAACCAACUUAAUGAACUCUAAAAGAUGGAAACACCUUAUAAAAUUUAGAAAUAAUUUCCCAUUUGAAGAAGAUCAAUUUUUAAUAGUAUUACGAUUUUUAAAAAUUAAUAACAUUCCUUAG